AUGGAAGAAGCAGGCAGGCUUCUUUCCGUCAUCGAGCUUGACGAGUUCACCAUCAAGGAAGUCCAAAACGGCUGGGCGACCACCGAGAAACGGCUGGGAGGGCCGAAAGCUGCCGGUGAGCAUGUCUUUGGGAAGCUCAAGAAAGAGGUUCCCCGGACCGAGGGUAUGCUCAAGAGGUCCAGCACAGUUUGGCACCUCUUCACCGAGUUGCUGCAAGCUCUUGAUCAGCCGAAGCUAGUCCAAAAGCGCCUGGAGUACAUCGCCUUGCGACACAUGAAUGCAGACAUCACAACAGCCGACGUCGAGGUCUUCCGCAACAUCAUCUUUGAAGUUUGUGCGUCAAAGCUUGGUGGGCUCAUGACCCCUGAGUUCCAGUUUGGCAUGGGCCAGAUCAUUGUGGCCGUGGGCACCUCCUUGGCCAAGACCCACGAACACUAUGCAGCACGGCUCAAGCUACUGACGUCCUGCUGGAAGGAGGUGAACGCGGAGGAUGUUGAAGCCGACGUUGAGUCUCAUGUAAGCACCGCCGAAGGACCAGAAGAGAAGGACAAUCAAGCUGAGGAGCAGCAGGUGAAUCUGGACAAGGCGGAGAAUGCCAUGGGCAGUAUGGAGCAGGAGGACGGCCAGGGAAAGCGUGGAUCAUGGCAGGAUAACUCAAACAUGAACAUCCCAAAGACCUUCGCAGCGAUGGCGCGAUUCAAUGCUGCGGUGAUGGGCACAGGAGACCGCAUGUGGUUUGCUGAUAUGCUCUACGCCAUGGAGUCCCUCGUGCCCUACGUUGGCAACAUUGACCGAGUCCAGGAAGACUGCGAUGUCUUGACCUUGACACUCGCGAAACAUGGGAAAGUGAAUUUGAAGGAGUUCCGUUCCGUUAUGUUCGCCAGCCUCAGGUCUCUCCUGCCCACUGCCUGGAGCACGGAGCAUGAGAAUGCGUGGGCUUGGUUCUGGAGCAUUGUGGAGAAAAAGGUUGAAGACAACAGUGAGCUCAUCGUAAGGAACCACCAGUGCCUACGGACCUUCCUAGCCCGGUUGGACGAGGCUAAGUUGGCAAACUUUAAGCUCCAGGUCUUUGAUACUUUCUUCGCGAGUUGCGAGGAGUCGCAGAUUUAUCUGCGGGCAGCCAACAAGCGACUGGUGUACAUUAUGGGGAGGGUCCUGACUAUCAUGUCGGACAUCUACACCAAGACUCACCAGGCUGUUAUCGCCCUGUCAGCUCUUGGCCUCAUGCAUGCAGGCCAUGGCAUUCCGGAGGAUUUGGUCCGCCCCUUUGUACAGGCUUUCAUGCGAACCAUCAAAGAAUACUGCCCCGAUGAGUCUUUGCAUGAUGGCCUCUGGUGGACACUGGACCUCAUUGGCAGGAUCUUCAUCCGCACCUUGGCGGAAGGCUCCACGCCAGUGAUUAUUGCAAUCAACAAGAACACCUCAGCAGAGAUGCAGACGGCUGUCGCGAAUUAUCCGCGUGGGGAGCGCGAGGUGAUCUUGCUGCGCGUCCAGGUGGGUACCGAAUCCAUGUCUCCUCUGAUUUGGGCUAUCGAGAAGGGGGCUCUGGAGUCGGCGAAGGCCAUUCUCAGCGACCUCUUGACCAUGCGUGCGGACCGAGAGCGGUACUACUAUGGAAUGGAAGCACUGUUCACUCGCCACGCAGACAUCAUCAGCAUGCUUUGUGACAAGGCACCCUCCCUGCUUUCCACAUUGUUUGACGGGCUCAUCUGGCGUUCCAAGAAUGUCAAAAAUGGGGUACGGCGCGCGAACUACUACAUCGCUUCCUUCCUCAGGGACGACGAGGGUCAGCUGACCAAUUCACUCUUGGACUUGAUCAAGCAUGGUGACCCUGAGAUCAUUUGCCACCCUACGGCAGUCUUCCAAGCGGACUUGCUCUGGACACGUCUUUGUUGCCUCCCCUGGGCCCUGACGAAGUUGUGGUUCUGUGUCACUCUUCUGGUGUACGUCAUGGCCGAGCAGCAAGCAUUCAUUCCACCCGAUCCAUUGAGUACAAAACGGUAUUCCGUGGUCUUUUGCCGGGCGUUCUUGUACAUCUUCAGCCUUGGGCAGCUUUUCGCCAAACAUGGGUACCAAACCUACAGAGCGAUCCGCCAGAAGCAAGUGACACGGUUGGGCGGCUGCCUGCCCGUGCCGAAGUACAUGCUGCAGACGCGCCAGGAGGUGGUCGAAGUGCUGCUGCUUCUGUGCCUCAUCUGUCUGUUCUGCUGCGAGCCCAUCCUCCAUUGCCUCGCGGUCAGCAACGAGUUGCUCAUUGAUUGCUGCGAGUUCGGCGAGUGGCAGUGCAACCUGAUGCACAUCUACAACCGUUUUGCCGCCUUCCCGAUGCUCCUCUACUUUGUGCUGGCAUGCGAGUUGGUGCACCUGAACGUACACCUCUCCGUCUUCAGCGUGAUCUGCUCGAGCCUGAUGUGGGAGUUCAUCAUGUACAUGGCCGUCUUGUGCUUCUUUACCGCUGCUUUCGCCUCGGCCAUUGCUUGCUUGCCUCACUCCUUGGGCGCUGCGUCCGUUCACAUGAGGGACUUCUUCAGCUGGCCUUUGGCUUUCGAGUCCUUGUUGGCGAUGGCUUUCAAUACUUAUGGCGCUGACAACUACGAGGAGAUUGCACAGGCAGAUGAGCCCUUGCUCAAGUGGCUUGUCAUGGGCUUCGCUGCAUGCUGGCAUGUGUACCUGAUGAAUCUUAUGGUGGCGCAGCUCUGCCAGCGCUACAAGGAGCUCUUCCUUGAUGCACGGGGCAAUGCACGGUUGACACGUGGCAUCAACAUCUACGAGACGGCCAUGCCACUGAUCUCCAAGAAGCGAUGGGCAGCCUUCUUGACAUCCCUGCAUCUGGAGGAGGCCUGCGAACUAGACGAGGGCGACAACGGCCCUCGUGGCGCCGUGCCUACGACAGAGGACCCCUACGAAUACCUGCAGUAUCCCAUGGUACCACUAGACCGGGUUCAGCGCUACGGUGGGCUUGCCAAAGCCGACUUGCCGUGGCCAGCCUUGGAGGAAAGUGUGGAUGACAGCGACAUCGGCAGGUUGGCCCAGAUGACACAAACUAAGUUUGAGGAGAUGGACCGGCUCAUGAUCGACAUGGCCAUCAAGCUCCAGGUUCGCUCCGCCGCAGGGACUUCUGGUACAGGCUUCUCAGCUUUGCAUGCAUCCCAGCAACGUGAUGAGAGCAAGCUUGCUGAUGAUCGUGACGCCAGUGCCGUGAAAGAGAGGACUGCAACUGAGCUCAUCGAGGAGUUUACUGAGGAGGCCGAGAUCGUGAAUGCAACUCCAGCCGACGUCAUCCCAAACUCAAAUCGUAGCCCUUUUGGCAUGAAGAUGUGA